CGGAAGUUCUCCGGCGGCCAGAGUGGGGGACGGCGCAGGCACCGGGAGCCACUUGUCAGCGCUGCUCUGAGGCGGAGGCUGUGCCGCGAGGGUCCGGAGUUUCUCUCAUUCUUUUUUGGAACUGCACAUUGAAUCCUUGGAACCAUGAGCAGCUACAAUGUGUCGUUGGUUGGCCCAGCUCCUUGGGGUUUCCGUCUCCAAGGUGGCAAGGAUUUCAACAUGCCCCUGACAAUCUCGAGUCUGAAAGAUGGUGGCAAGGCGUCACAGGCGCAUGUGCGGAUAGGCGAUGUGGUCCUGAGCAUUGAUGGGAUUAGUGCACAUGGGAUGACUCACCUGGAAGCCCAGAACAAGAUUAAGGGUUGCACAGGCUCUUUGAAUAUGACUCUGCAAAGAGCAUCUGCUACAGCCAAGCCUGAGCCCGUUGCUGUCCAGAAGCCCGCAGUCACCAGCGUGUGUUCCGAGCCUGCUCAGGAGCUAGCAGAGGGACAGAGAAGAGGAUCCCAGGGUGACAUUAAACAGCAAAAUGGCCCACCAAGAAAACACAUUGUGGAGCGCAACACGGAGUUUUAUCACGUCCCCACUCACAGUGACGCCAGCAAGAAGAGGCUGAUUGAGGACACUGAAGACUGGCGCCCACGGACUGGAACAACUCAGUCUCGCUCCUUCCGGAUCCUUGCCCAGAUCACCGGGACUGAACAUCUGAAAGAAUCUGAAAAUGAGAAUACAAAGAAGGCAAAGUUUGACAAUUCUCUGGAAGACCUACUUAAGAGUGGACCUCACCCACCUGCAGCUCCCCAGGUGUUAAACAUUCGUAGUCAAGUAGCCACACUUUCUAAAGUAGCAGCCACUUACUCUAGUGUAAGCAGCUCUACAAGGACUGUAGAAGGUUCUUUGGAAAGUUCUGGAAACUUUUCUGCCUUUUCCCCUCCGGCUAGAUACAGUGCUGCAGUUGUGAGUGGUGCGGCUGCCACUGUGUCUGCUGCUCUCGCUGCAAAAACCAGGCUCUCCGGCCCUGAAAGCCCCCAGUCCCUUCUGGAUGCACUUUGCAUCAGCAAUGUUCCCAAGCCUCUAGCUUUUUCCUGUCUGCAGCCCUCCGAGAAGUCAAGUGGCUCAUCCCAUGUUAGGAAAAACAGCUCUGAGGAGCCUUCUCAGCAGUCAGCGUCACCUCUGAGCAAGUCUGAGGGCCGAGAGAGCCCAGGUUCAAGCAGGCCCGGGGUGGCCGGCCUCAGGACCGCUGCUGCUUUCAAGCCUGUAGGAUCCACCACCAGCGCCAUCAAGCCACCAAGCUGGCAGCGUCCAGGCCAAGCAGCACCUUCUACUGGACGAAUCACAAAUAGUGCGACUUCUUCAGGUACAAGAGUACCUGCAAACUCAGCUGUGGGGGCGCCCCAGCCAAGUGACCAAGACACACUGGUGCAGAGAGCCGAGCACAUUCCAGCAGGGAAGCGAACUCCCAUGUGUGCCCACUGCAACCAAGUCAUCAGGGGACCGUUCCUCGUGGCUCUGGGGAAGUCUUGGCACCCAGAAGAAUUUAACUGUGCUCACUGCAAAAACACAAUGGCCUACAUUGGAUUUGUUGAGGAGAAGGGAGCACUGUAUUGUGAGCUGUGUUAUGAGAAGUUCUUUGCUCCUGAAUGUGGCCGGUGCCAGAGGAAGAUCCUUGGCGAAGUCAUCAAUGCUUUGAAACAAACCUGGCACGUGUCCUGUUUUGUGUGUGUGGCCUGUGGAAAACCUAUCCGCAACAACGUUUUCCACUUGGAAGAUGGAGAGCCAUACUGCGAGACUGAUUAUUAUGCUCUUUUUGGAACAAUAUGCCGUGGAUGCGAAUUCCCCAUAGAAGCUGGUGACAUGUUCCUUGAAGCUCUGGGCUAUACCUGGCAUGAUACUUGCUUUGUAUGCUCGGUGUGUUGUGAAAGUUUGGAAGGGCAGACGUUUUUCUCAAAGAAGGACAAGCCGCUUUGCAAAAAGCAUGCUCACUCUGUGAAUUUCUGAAAAGUCAACGGUUCCAGGAAAUGGGAGAAAUUUGAAGAAAAGGGGGGAACUAAAAUUACCGUUUAAUUUUUAGUUUUAAUAUUUAUAUGGAGUUCUAAAAUAAUAGUAGCCCUGAAUGGAUAAACUCUAACAUUAAAGCCAAGUCUGUGAGAAAAUGUUUGGCUUCAGAAAGUCACAGACGGUUUGGGAUUUAUUAUGACUAGCCUGUGUUUUUUGCCCAUGAAGUAGCCUUUAUAAGAAUCAAUUUCCUGACUACUAAAUUCAUCUUAGAAUAAAUUAGCAAAGGAUUACAUUUUUGAAUUACAAAUCUAGCCUCUAUGCUGAAAUGAUUAUUUCUUUCCUUUUUGGGUAGCUGUAAGAAUCCACAGAAGGCAAUAAAAGUGCCUUAAACUUUACAAAUAAGAAUAAUUGUUUAAUAAGCCCAUUCUAUCUGUAUAAUAAUAAGUAGGAGUUUAAAUAAAUUUCAUGAGUAGGUGGUAUCUUUUUCUUUGGUCUUAUCAUUGGUCCUUUCAGUAACACAGUCCAAGGAAGUUUUUGAUCAAAGUGUGUCAUGCCCUAAGAGAUGCUGUGAUCUCUUAUGUUCUUCCAAAGGCUGCCAUGUUGCUUAAAGGUCACAAAGGCUGAUCUCCCUUCGGAUGGGACACUUUGUGUGCAUUGUGUGUGGCUCACCUCCUGGGCCAGCCUGCCGUGCCUCUCAUCUCUUAUGCUGAGCUGAAGAUAAUUCAAUAAUGUUAGACUCUAAUGGUUUCUCUACCCCCCCAUCCCCCAGAGAGUAGGUAGAAGAUAAAGGAGCUAGAAAUUGGGAAAUAAAGCAACUGUACCUGGAAAGUAAAAAGAAUCACUUCCCCUUUCAGAUAAUGAACUGCUUAGUUUUUACAGUUGUGUCACUGACUGAAGAUUUAAAAACUCUUUGCCCAGUAAUGUUUUUUGGAUUGAGGAUUAUGAUAAGAUUCAAGUUUGUGUUGUUACUGUGUUUUUUGCUUAUUUGGAGUUGUUCUGGGGUUUUGUUAGUUUGCUGGGUUUUGUCUGGGAUUCUUUUCUAUCAGUAAGAAGUAAAUCCCCUCCAAUUGUGUGACCAUGGAGUUAGGCAACUUUUCUUCUCUGGCCUUUGGUAAUACAGGGCCAACCAUAAUCCAUUACUCACAUUGUGCUGUCAUUUGCUCUCCACGAUUGGGCCGAGCAUUGUAGUCAGCAAAGUGACUGUUAGAAAGCCAUGCAGUGUGGCUCACUGCCCAAUGAGAAGACAAAUCAUGGCAUUUACUACUUCUCUCUUUGUUUCUACAAUGAAGGAAAGCCAUGAUCCUUCUGAGUUAUAGCUAUAUCUGUUGGGAGCAUGGUGCUCCCAAAAUUCAGACAGGGUGCCCCAGUUCUUGCUGCCCCAUCUGUCAAGAGCACCUGCUGUGCAUCCAUUUGUGUGUGUGUGUGUAUUUGUUAUACAGGAAGUCUUUGGCUAUAGGAUUUGUUUAACCUGCCUAAGAACUUUCCAGGUAUCUGUCCUAAAAGCUGCUAAUUUAUGCUCUAGUAAAUUUAUGUUGUUAUGCAGAUAAUCUCGAACUGGGGGAUAAAUGAACAGGAAGGGUGACACGCAUCACAAACUGGAAGCUUCUCCAGCAGCAUCCCAGACUACCUCCUCACCUGUGCUUGUAGGGAGGCAGAGAAUGUCUUCAGAAGUCCGUGCUAGAACUUCGUGCAUUAGAUCUCAUGGCUGUGUCAGUGACCAAUAGCAGACUCGCGGACUCGGGUGCAUUCCUUCUGAUCUGAAUGUCCAGCCUUGGCUUUGUACCACAAAAUAAGCUGGUGAUUUUUUUUUUUUGAUGUGCAAGUUUUGGUUUGUCUUUUAGAUGAUAUGCCAUGAUAUAAUUUGACAACUCACUGGUGUUUGCAUAUUCAAAUAAUUUUUUUGACUUGGAUUUCUUAUGAAGUUACCUUUCUUUAAGGAUCUCAUUGUUAUUGAACCUUUAUUUCUCUCUUCUUUGUGGAAUAUAAUGCUGCAUUUUAUAAUCCUGUAUGUCUCUAAAUUUAAUUCCUAAAAGGCUAGUGUGGCUUGCUAAUUUGACAUUGUGUCUUUAUUCUUUGCCUAUCAUGUUGUAUGGCAAGUUGUGUAUCUGUUCCUAACACAGUAGCUCCUGGGAGAUGAGUUCUCCCCAUAACCAGAAGUCUGUCUGCAGUGAGACUCGGCUUGCCUCGUUAACCAGCAUGGAGCUUUCAGUACCUGGCACAGCACUUUACUCUUCUGGCGAGUUCCCUGAGUAUUUAUUAUAAGUCUUCUGUGUCAGUAGCGUUUUUCUCAUUAUUAUUGUAGAACAUUGAAUUUUUCUCAUGCUAGAUGUAUAUUUUGAAGACUGUACUUCAUAAGCCCCAUAUGAAAACAAUAGUAUAUGAUUCUUAAUGUGCCUUAUUCGAUUUCUCAUUUUUGAGAGUUUGGUGGGCCCAUAUAGAUACCAUUUCUCUAAUUGUUCUGGAUGACUGUUACCUGUUGAGGUAGCCAUCUUUGCUUAGCAACUUCAUGUUUCCCAUUGGUAGGGUUACCUUCACCAUGUAAAGCUAAAGCCUAAUUAUUUGGCCCUUAUUAAAACAAAAGUAAUCAUUUAUUUUUCAAAUAUUGAUAUAAAACUGUGUUUAAAAUUAUCUACAACAGAAUAUACUCCUUUCAAGGAACCCUAGGCUAGGAGCGCUUCCAUAGAAAAGUAAUUGCUGCAGUGUGAAUCCAGUGUUACAUUAAUAUUUUUUGGCAUUUGCAGUUCAGUCAUCUUUGGAGCGGGGAAAACAGAAGGUAGUUUUACACAAAUGUACGCUCAUUUCAGCCUGUCCCUCACCUCCAGAUGUCUAAGUUAUUGGAUCUAGACACUUAAUAUGUAAUUGGCCAUGCCUGCCAAUUAUUGUCUUUUGUUUCCUUGCAUUUUUCAGUUUGUGUGUAGCUGCUCUUUUGCUUUUGGAUAUGUUUCCUAAUUAAAAAAAAAUCACACGAGAACUAUAAUCUGUAUAGUGAUACCUAAUGAACUCAAUAAACAACUGCAGUGAUGUCAA